AUGCGCGCUUGACGCAGGAUCUCGCUUUCCAAACCCGUACCGGAUUCAGGAGCCCGGCGGAGAGCAGCACGAUGCGCAGCGCCCAUAGGGCUGCUCCCGUCCUUCGCUCUCCCCGGGCUCUCCCCCACGCGGCCGUCGGCCCAGGGACGUCGGAAGGAGCCGACCGAACGGCCCCUCGCCGCCCACAGUGCGUCCAUGCGCGCACCGCUCCUCCCCGGCGGGGCGCAAAAAGCGCGCAGCCACCGCACGCGUGCUCGCCUCGCUUCUCCGCCGCCGGGCUUCCUAGAAGCGCUUACAAACCGCUCCCUCCAACAAAACGAAAGGAAGGCAAGAAGCAGGCGCCGCGCACCCCAGAAUCGCUCCAGAAAGAGAUGAAUGGCACACAAGGAACGGCUUCUGCCUUACGGGCAUUACUAAAACCCUCACCUCGCCCAUGCGCCCCUACGGCACGCAGGUCAACCGGUGAGCGCUGUGCUUCAGCUCCCUUUCUGCGCCCCGAAGACACGCACGUGGCCACGCGCGGCAGCAGGAAACACCAUGAGGCAGAACCGGAAGGACUGCGGGGCUGCAUGCCACGGCCACGCCAAUCCCAACUUCUGGGCAGGAAACGUAUGCCAUGGCAGAGCGCUGAAGAUGACUCAAAUCGCCUCUCCCCCACCCUCCGGUGCCACGGAACAACAGCCCUCUUCAGCCAGGGGAGGGGGACCACGUGGAGGGAUGACUCAAAGCUCUGGGAUAGGGGAAAAACCCACAGAGCAGAGCACACAGCCACCCCCCCAAAACUCACACCGCCUCAUGUUAUAUUAAUUAAACACACAACAACUGCCUUGAGGUAAUAAACACUACAAAGGCAAAGCCAUCUCGUCCUACCACAAGAUAAGUUUACUGAGGUCAAACCCCAGGGAAAACUAAUCUAACCACAUUUUCAAAUUGUUUGGAAUAUUCCAUAGCCCAACAAAACCAUAAAUUGACAAAAACAUCCUAUCCUAGAAUAGCGUGGGGAUAACAAAGAAUGUUUUGUUUAAUUAAAGGCAGAUGACCUAAUAAAAGUUUCACACUCACAGUGCGCAAAUAAAUCUUCGUCUUUGUUUUA